UAGAAGAAGCUAUCUUUUUUUAUAGCAGUCUGCAUUGUACUUCCACAUCUUAUUGUCCGAUGAUAAAUCUGUAUUUCACUGGGUCAUUUUUCCGAGUCAAUUUACUGCUUUUGUUAUAUAACCCCUAUUUAAUUGUGUAUAAGCAGGAUGGUCCAGAUUAUUUUUCUGAAGAGUCGAGACGUAUACAGUGCACUAAGUGUGGAAAUUCGCAUAUAUGGAUAUGCACAAACAGAAGCAAGGCCAAGGCUAGAUGGUGUCAGGAUUGCUGUCAAUAUCACCAAGCAAAGGAUGGAGAUGGAUGGGUUGAGUACAAAGGAACUUUAGUAUUUAAUAGGCCACAUAAGGUGGAAAUACCACGGGCCUUCGUCUGUGCUGAGAGCAAAAUCUUUGAUGUAUCUGAAUGGGCUAUUUGUCAGGGAAUGGCGUGCAGGCCCAACACUCAUAGGCCUAGCUUCCACGUUAACAUGGUUGGUUUGGAGAAAACUCAAAGAUCCAACUCAAGUAGAUUCCCGUGGGAUUUGGAUGCUGAAAUGAUGGAUGAAGAUGAAGAAGAAUUUGAGGUGUGGCUUCAGCAAGCUCUGGCCUCUGGCCUCUUUUUUGUGAGUCCUCCUCUAAACGCCGAAAGAGCUGGAGUCCAUUCAAGUUGCCCCAGAGAGUGAAGAGGCAAUCGCGAAGAACGUCAUGCUGAGCAGCUUAAGAGGGCUAUGCCGGAAGAUGUUCCCAUCUCAAGAAAGAGCAAAUGAUUUUUCAGGAUGUAGUGAGGAUUUGUCAAGAUACUGAUUAAUAGGUUUGUUGCUAGUGUCACCAAACGAAGGUUGGUGCUUAACAAAGAAGGGGAAUGGUUGAGUGUCUUGAAAAUUAAGACCAAAGAUUGACACGCUUUGUAUCUCGACCCAAAGGGUUAGGGCCUGAUUUCAGGCAUAAGAGCUCAGGUUUUUGUUGCUCUUGUUGCACAUUUACUUUAACCCCAUACUUCCAAUCACAUCUGACAUAUGUUAAUCUCAAAGUGUUCUACGGAUGAAAAGCCACCACCAACUGUUCAACUUUUUGUACAUAUUUAUCUCCUCAAUAAAAUUUUUACUCCGUUUAUUUUAGUGU